AUGAGUGCGAUAGUGCACGCGGCGGCGGACGUGAUAUCUGGCACGACGUUGGCCGCAGCUGGUACGCAGGUAGCAUGGUUCAUCCCGAUGUUGGUUGCGGCGAUAGCCUACUAUCAGUUUGACCAGACAGAUGAAGGAAGACCGACUGAUGUUCCUGAUUCACGACUUUUACCAGAAUACGACUUCAUCAUCGUUGGCGGUGGAUCAGCUGGAGCUGUGGUUGCGAAUCGCCUCUCUGAAAUUGGUUACUGGAAUGUUCUUCUAUUAGAAGCAGGAGGAGAUGAGACAGAGAUAUCCGACGUACCUCUUCUGGCAGGAUACUUGCAGCUCAGUAAGCUGGACUGGAAAUAUAAGACUGAACCACAAGGAACUAGUUGUUUGGCAAUGGAAGGAGGUCGGUGCAAUUGGCCACGAGGAAAAGUACUUGGUGGAAGCUCGGUUUUAAAUUACAUGUUAUAUUUGAGAGGAAAUAAAAGGGACUACGAUAUUUGGGAGUCACUUGGAAAUAAAGGAUGGGGCUAUAAAGAUGUAUUGUACUACUUUAAGAAAUCUGAAGAUAAUCGAAAUCCUUAUUUAGCAAAAACACCCUAUCACAGUACUGGAGGAUUUUUAACGGUGUCCGAAGCUCCUUAUCACACUCCACUUGUAUCCAGUUUUAUUGACGCAGGUUUAGAAAUGGGCUAUCUCAACAGAGAUAUAAAUGGUGAAAAUCAAACUGGAUUUAUGGUAGCACAAGGUACUUUAAGAGGAGGUCAUCGAUGUUCAACCUCAAAAGCUUUUUUACGGCCUGCCACGGUUCGAAAAAACCUCCAUAUCUCCAUGAAUUCCUUUGUCACUAAAGUUAUGAUAGAUCCGAGAACAAGGAUAGCCUUUGGAGUAGAAUUUGUAAAAAAUAAAAUGAUCUACAGAAUCAGAGCACGGAAAGAGGUGAUUCUUUCAGCCGGUACCAUAAAUUCAGCUCAGUUACUGCUGUUGUCAGGUAUUGGGCCUUCAGAAGAAUUGGCUAAGCAUAGGAUACCUCUUAUUCAAAAUCUUCAAGUAGGCAAAAAUCUUCAAGACCACAUCGGCUUGGGUGGUUUGGCUUUCAUGGUAAACAAGCCAAUUUCAAUUGUAGAAAACCGACUGCAUACUAUGAGUACUUUGAUGGAAUACGCAGUGAUGGGAGAGGGACCAUUGACAAUUAUGGGUGGAGUGGAAGGGCUGGCGUUCGUCAACACGAAGUAUGUGAACGCUUCAGAUGACUUCCCCGAUAUAGAGUUUCAUUUUAUAUCCGGGGCAACUAAUUCUGAUGGAGGCGAACAGUUACGAAAAAUUCACGGUUUGACCGACAAAUUUUAUAGAGCGGUAUUCGAACCAAUAAACAAUGCAGACGUGUGGAGCAUUAUACCAAUGUUGCUACGUCCUAAGAGCAGAGGUUUUAUUCAACUAAGAAGUGCAAACCCAUUCGAUUAUCCAUACAUUUAUCCAAAUUACCUCGCUGACGAGAUGGAUGUGAAGACUUUAGUUGAAGGUGUGAAAAUCGCUUUUGCUGUAUCUAGAACGAGGGCUUUUCAAAAACAUGCGUCCGUAUUUAAUAAAAAUAUAUUUCCCGGCUGCAGACAUAUACAAAGAUUUACUGACGCGUUUUGGGAAUGUAUGAUUAGACAUUAUACAUGUACAAUUUAUCAUCCCGUUGGAACUGCAAAGAUGGGACCUUACUGGGACCCUGAGGCUGUAGUUGAUAACGAACUAAAAGUGUAUGGUGUGAGAGGACUUAGGGUUAUUGAUGGAAGUAUAAUGCCUAAUUUGGUAAGCGGUAACACGAAUGCUCCCAUUAUAAUGAUAGGAGAAAAGGGCAGUGAUAUGAUCAAGGAGUUCUGGUUAAAACGCCGCAUGUCCAGAUACUACGCGUAA